GCGUGCCAUCACCUUCAGAGCGGUAGACGGAAGAGCCAUGUCAGCUGUGUGUUAGAAAGUUUAUUCAGUCUCACCGCUCCAUGAAGCCGGGAAAAAUCUACAAUUUUAUGACUGGACAUUGAUAUUUGGCUCUACAUGCGUCUAUCGCAUCCUUAAUCUUUUCAAAGAAUCACCCGGUUCAUUAUUUUGGGGAUUUCUUUUUCGUUCGCCGUGGUUUGUCUGUGGAAAACCGGAGCGACCGAAGAAAGUUUCUCCCUUUUCCUCCCUGGAAGGAAGGAAUAAAUGUUCAAAGAGGAAAAUUCGCAUAAUUUAACGAACACAAUGGAAUGCAACGAUCUUGACACACGGGGGAUAAAUCCAUUAACACCACCAGAAACACAUCACCCUGCAGUUCCAGAGGCUAAUCCUAGCGAUCCCAGCACAGAGGAAGUUGACACCCCCUCAAAAACAGAAUCAAGCCUAGAGGCCAGCACACCUACAAAGAUGGACACUGCAAGGAAGUCAACAACCUCAACAUGGCCAGAUGUUAUUCCAAAGUCUCCUCCAACACCCACUCCAAAAUCAAGUGGUAGCCCUCAGCCCAAAAAAAAUGUGAUAAAGUUGGAGGACAGGCAAAAACAGGCCAAGGAGAGGAGGGAAGCGAAGGCCAAAAAUCUCGAACAGCGUAGCCAGACUCAAGCUGCUAAGAAGUCUGAGUGGCUGGAGAAGGAAGAGCGGGCGCGGCAGGUGCGGGAACAACAGCUGGAGCAGCGGAGGAGGAAACUGGAAGAGCAGCGGCUGAAGGCCGAGAGACGCCGGGCAGAGCUGGAGGAGAGACAGAGACAGAAACUGGAGAAGAACAAGGAGCGGUACGAGGCUGCCAUCCAGAGGUCCGCUAAGAAGACGUGGGCAGAGAUUCGUCAACAGAGGUGGUCCUGGGCCGGAGGUUUGAGUGGCAACUCCAGCCAAAGCCAGAGCAGAUGCUCAAUAUCAGCGGUCAACUUGCCCAAACAUGUGGACUCGGUCAUAAACAAGAGACUCUCCAAAUCCUCUGCCACUCUCUGGAACUCCCCUAGCAGAACCCGUAGCAUGCAGCUGAGUCCAUGGGAGAGCAGCAUCGUUGACAGACUCAUGACACCCACCCUGUCUUUUCUUGCUCGCAGUCGUAGUGCUGCCAGUGUCCUAAGCAAUGGCAGAGAUACCCAGUCUCCGUUGUGCCCACGCUCUGCUUCUGCAAGCCCACUCGCUGUGUGUGCUCAUCGGCCACAUCACCGCUGCUCUGACCGCUGGAGGGUCACCACCAGUACGCCCGAUAUUGCCCAGCGCAGACGAGACUCCACACCUAUGAGGAAAGAUAAGAAGGACAAGGAGAGAGAAAAUGAAAAGGAGAAGAGUGCAAUCACUAAAGACAAGGUUCUGAGGAAGAGACAGUCUAUGCCAUCAAUGAAAACCAGAACAGAGUCCAGCCCGAGUCCUUUGUCCAAACUGCGAGCUGCAUCUCCUGUCACGCCAAAAGGCCAGGCUUCCUCCCCCAGCCCAGCAGUAUCUCCCAAACCCCAAUCAGCCCAAGUGAGCCCCAGCACUCCUAAAGCCCGACCCAAGAGGGCCAGAACCCCUGCCCGUGUGGAGGCUCGUACAGCCUCGCCCAUUGCCAUAGAGAGGGUUAGAGAGACCCGCCGGCCAGCUACGCCCGAAGAGCCAAAGUCCUCGUCUCCCAUCCCCUCCAUUAUUGUGUCAUCAAUUACAGACAUGCCCCCUAAACCAACUAAACCAAUCACAUCGGCUUCCACGCCCUCUGCCCCUGAGGUAUCCCCUCUUCUACCUGACCUACCACAGGUUGCCUCUCCAGCUCCCUCUCCAGUCAAGCCCAUGGCGGGCACCAACAACCCAGAGGAGGCCUCUCGCAUCCUGGCAGAAAAGAGGCGACAGGCCCGUGAACAGAGAGAGAGGGAAGAGCAAGAACAGAGAGAACAACAGGAGAGAGAGAGGCUCCAGCGUGAGGAGAGGCUUGCACAGGAGGUAGAGGAGAGCAGGCGCAGAGAGACGGCGCAGCUCAUGGCUGAGCAAGAGAGAUUGAGGGAGGAGGCCCAGCGCCUGCAGGAGGAGAAGGAGUCUCAAGAAAGAGCCAGAAUCGAACAGGAAGAGAACGACCGCCUUCAGAAACAGAAAGAGGAGGCUGAUAUAAAGGCCCGGGAAGAGGCCGAGAGACAACGCCUGGAGAGGGAGAAACAUUUCCAGAAGGAGGAACAAGAGAGGCUGGAGAGAAAAAAGCGUCUGGAGGAGAUUAUGAAGAGAACACGCAAAACAGAUGCAGGAGAUAAGAAAGACACAAAAUUGCCUUCAUCUGAAGUCAAUGGCAAAGAUUCCAUAACAGAUUUAGAGAUUAAUAAAGCGUCCGCUGACUACCAGCCAAGCACACUGUUGAAACAAGAUGGCCAGUUUCAAAGUGGUGUGAAGGAUAGUUUGGCGGUCUUUGUGGUAAAUGGUGUACAGUCUACCAAACAUGAGAAUGGCCUGUCAGCCAAAGGGGAGGGGUCUCACUUUGAAGAGAUCAUCCAACUGGCCAAUCAUAGCAGUGGGCGGGAGAUGUCAGAGACCGACAUACCUAAUGAGCCAAAAAUGGCCUUUGAGAGUGGGGAAACAUUCCUUAAGAAAUCGGGCCCAAUUAAACCUCAGCAUGUGGCAGAGGUCCUCUGAGGUCGUGAACUGUUUGAAAGAAGCCUUAUAUCUGUGUGUCCCUCAACACUGUCUGCCUGAGGGGCCCGAUGGAAAGAAGCACAUCAUGAACAGACCUGUGCCAAACCCAAAAACAGACUUCCGUUUAGAUUGUACAGAGCAACCCCACUUUUAAAGCCUCUCUUAUGGCAAAUAAUAGAAAUUACAAGGACGCUACACAAGGAUCAAGCUGAACUAAACAAAUCCCACCAAUGUGCACCAGACUCACCAUUCAUCAACUCUGCUGUCUAACCUUCUGAUCGCUACAAUACAAAAAAAAAAAAAAUGUUUUUGAGAAAUAUUAUUAAUCCUUGUUAUGAUUAAUGCUGUUAUUGGUUGAACACAGAAGUGCUUUGGAAGUUGUUUUUUUAUGUUUAGUUAUUUAACUUGAAGCGAAUUGUAACUACUUGGUACAGUUGUAUGUGAAUAAUGUAAAUUGGAUGAUGGCAGGAGACGAUCUGUGGAAUAAAACAAAGAAAGGGGAGUGCCUA